GAGGAGGGCUGCCGCCGCGGCAGACGUUGUCUCGGCCGCGGCCGAGGAGGAACGCCGCGUCCAGGCGCUGUUGAGCGCCGCGUUCGGCGUGGGCCAGGACGCGGUGGCGAAGCAUGCUCUGGCCAUCGACACGGUGCAUGGCACAUCUGGCGCACCGGUGUGCGACGCCGAUGCUGACGUAUCUGAAGUUGUGCGGCCCGAUGUUCCGGGCUGCCCAUAUUAUGGUGCUCGCGACAUAUUGGAUGACGUUGAUCCGCAAGUUGCGUAA